AUGUCUGUGAUUGAUAAAGAUUCAAUUAGAAAAAAGUUAGAUAGUGGUGAAUUUAAGUCUUGUGAUAAACCAACAGGUGCUAGUGCUGGAUGGUGGCAGUCAUUCAAACGUAUUCAAGAUGAAAAAGAAAAUAUUAUUCCUUUUGUAAUAUGUAUUCAAUGUAAAACAAUUCUAUCUUACGAUGCACAAAAAACUGGUUCUAAAACACUUAAGCUUCAUCAUGAAAAUUCCAAAAUAAGACCUGCUAUAGCACCUAAAAUUACAACUCAUUUUACUAGUCAAAAAUAUGAUAAAGUUUCAUCUGAACAGAAAAAAAAGGUAUUAGAUUCAUGUGUAAAGUUUUGUGCAUGUGACAUGAGAUCAUUUAAUACUAUCAACGGCCGUGGUUUUGAAGCUUUAGUUCAAACCCUACUCGAUAUUGGUCAUUCAAGUACUCAUCAGAUUAAAGCAUCAGAUAUUUUAUCAGAUUCAACAACAAUAUCUCGUCAUGUACAAUCUGUCGCUCAUGAUAAACGAAAGAACAAUCUCUGA